AUGGGUAAGGUUCACGGAUCUCUCGCGCGUGCCGGAAAGGUCAAGUCUCAGACCCCCAAGGUCGAGCCCCAGGAGAAGAAGAAGGUCCCCAAGGGCCGCGCGAAGAAGAGAAUAACUUACACUCGCCGUUUCGUCAACGUCACCAUGACCGGUGGCAAGAGGAAGAUGAACCCCAACCCUACUUCGUAG